AUGAUCACAUCCUCCGCUUCCCCUGCCACUCGAUGGAUAUGCAGUUCCUGUCGCGCCACUGCCCACACUCGCCGGAGUAUCUGGGUCACACGUAAACAGCCUUCCCCCUCUGUGUCGGCCCGCAACUGCUCUACCACACCCUCUCUCUCGACCCCUACACCCUCCACCAAGCGAGGGAAGCUUCCAAUUUCCCCAGCUCGCACUCGUUUCGCUCCUUCUCCCACCGGCAAUCUCCAUCUUGGUUCCAUUAGAACCGCUCUAUUCAACUACUUAUUGGCAAAAGCCACAAAUGGUCAAUUCCUGCUUAGGAUCGAAGACACAGAUGCGAGAAGAACCAUUCCCGGAGCUGAGGAAAAGCUGUACGAAGACCUAAAGUGGGCCGGUUUGCAAUGGGAUGAAGGGCCUCUCGUUGGUGGUCCACACGGUCCCUAUCGACAGUCUCAGAGACUGGACCUCUAUAAAACUCAAAUCCAACUCCUUUUAAACUCGGGCCAUGCGUAUCGGUGUUUCUGUAGCCCCCAGAGACUGGAUGAACUCAACCGCAUUCGCCAUGAAAAAGGUCUCCCUCUAGGUUAUGAUCGGAAAUGUACCCACUUGGAAAAAGCGGAGGCCGAUGAGAGAGCAUAUGCCGGGGAACAGCACGUCGUCCGCUUCCGUGCCCCAAACAUCUGGCCCAGGUACAGGGACAUGGUCUUUGGCUCAAGCGGUCAUGGCCAGCACGCCUUCAGAAACCUAUCGCUUGAUGAACUCGUCUACGCAGAUGCAAUUCUGAUCAAGUCGGAUGGUUAUCCGACCUACCACUGGGCCAAUGUGUGUGAUGACCAUGAUAUGCAAAUCACCCAUGUCGUUCGUGGUUCCGAAUGGAUGUCUUCCACACCACUCCAUGUUGCUUUGUAUCAGUCUCUCGAUUGGACUCCCCCCAAAUACGCCCACGUUCCACUACUGGUUGACGAAAAAGGCCAGAAGCUGAGUAAACGCAACAUGGACACUGAUGUUGCCAACUUCCGCGCUAGAGGUUACCUUCCCGAGGCCCUCAUCAAUUUUGCUGCUCUACUGGGAUGGUCCCACCGACAAAAGAAAGAAAUCAUGAACGUCGAACGUUUGAUCGAGCUGUUCGAUAUGAAGCUCACCAAGGGCAACACCAUUGUUACUUUCAGCAAACUUGAUUAUCUUCAGAGUCAUCACAUGAGAGCGAAAAUCGAGGAGGGUGGUAAAGCUUUGGACGGAAUUGUCGGAGAUCUGGCCAAUGCUCUGAAUCAACAAUACGGGACUGAGAAAUUCCUGGCUUUCGCUGGGGGUCGGCCAUUGAAGGAUCUUCUGGAGAACAUGUUACGCUUGAAAUCCUUGGUUUAUUUAAAUCCCUCUGAUUUUGCCACUCGACUCUCUGCUUUCGUGCUCGGCCCGCCCAAAGUACUACCAGACUUGUCCAUCAGUUAUGGUCAACCCAAUAUGUUGCACCAUCUCCGUGUUGCUGCCUCCACCUUCAUGCUCAUACCGGAGGAACAGUGGACUGAAACCACCCACAGUGAAACCCUUAGACUGUUGGGGAAAUCACCUGACGAGACUGUCUCGGGUAAAACGUGGAAAGCGCUGCUGUAUGAGUAUCUCCGAUGGGCCUUGCUGGGCAGCACGUCCGGCCCACCAGUCUCACACAGCAUGGAGGUUUUGGGCCGUGACAUCUGCGUGACAAGGAUUCAGGAAGCCAAUCUACAAUCGAGAGAGAUGGAGAAGCGUUUGACGAAACUCAAGCUCGACGAGCAGGGGUGGAAAGGUGAUGCGGAUGGCAAGAGGCGAAUCGACAAGGAGUGGAAUGCCUAUACUCUUAAUGCCCAGGUGGAGGAGAAGAAAGACCCUGGACAACCAAUACCUACCUAA